AUGGUCGAAGUUCUUCUUUCACAUGGUGCAAAUGUCAAUGCAAAAGAUAGUGAUAAAGAAACCGCUCUUCAUUUUGCUGCAAAAUAUAAUUAUAAAGAAAUGGUCGAAGUUCUUCUUUCACAUGGUGCAAAUGUCAAUGCAAAAGAUAGUGAUAAAGAAACCGCUCUUCAUUUUGCUGCAAAAUAUAAUUAUAAAGAAAUGGUCGAAGUUCUUCUUUCACAUGGUGCAAAUGUCAAUGCAAAAGAUAGUGAUAAAGAAACCGCUCUUCAUUUUGCUGCAAAAUAUAAUUAUAAAGAAAUGGUUGAAGUUCUCCUUUCACAUGGUGCAAAUGUCAAUGCAAAAGAUAGUGAUAAAGAAACCGCUCUUCAUUUUGCUGCAAAAUAUAAUUGUAAAGAACUGGUCGAAGUUCUCCUUUCACAUGGUGCAAAUGUCAAUGCAAAAGAUCGUGAUAAAGAAACCGCUCUUCAUUUUGCUGCAAAAUAUAAUUAUAAAGAAAUGGUUGAAGUUCUCCUUUCACAUGGUGCAAAUGUCAAUGCAAAAGAUAGUGAUAAAGAAACCGCUCUUCAUUUUGCUGCAAAAUAUAAUUGUAAAGAACUGGUCGAAGUUCUCCUUUCACAUGGUGCAAAUGUCAAUGCAAAAGAUCGUGAUAAAGAAACCGCUCUUCAUUUUGCUGCAAAAUAUAAUUAUAAAGAAAUGGUUGAAGUUCUCCUUUCACAUGGUGCAAAUAUCAAUGAAAAAGUUGAAUUUUUUGAAUAUACCGCUCUUCAUCUUGCUGCAAAUAGGAAUUUUAAAGAAAUGGUCGAACUUCUUCUUUCACAUGGUGCAAAUAUCAAUGAAAAAAAUAAAUUUGGAGAAACUGCUCUCCAUACUGCAGCACGUUUUAAUAGCAAAGAAACAGUCGAACUUCUUCUUUCACGUGGUGCAAAAAUAUAA